GCAGCCAUGGGCAAGCACAGCAGCAAGCUGGCGCCGGAGAUGCUGGAUGACCUGGUGAGGAGCACAGAGUUCAGCGAGCAGGAGCUGAAGCAGUGGUACAAGGGCUUCCUCAAGGACUGUCCCACUGGCAUCCUCAACCUGGAGGAAUUCCAGCAGCUCUACAUCAAGUUCUUCCCCUACGGAGAUGCCUCCAAGUUUGCUCAGCACGCUUUCCGCACCUUUGACAAGAAUGGUGACGGAACUAUCGACUUCAGGGAGUUCAUCUGUGCCCUGUCUGUCACCUCCAGGGGCACCUUUGAGCAGAAACUCAACUGGGCCUUUGAGAUGUAUGACCUGGACGGGGAUGGGAAGAUCACACGCUUGGAGAUGCUGGAGAUCAUUGAGGCCAUUUACAAGAUGGUGGGGACUGUGAUCAUGAUGAGGAUGAACCAAGAUGGGCUGACACCCCAGCAGCGUGUUGACAAGAUCUUCACAAAGAUGGACAAAGACAAGGAUGACCAGAUCUCCCUGGAGGAGUUCAAGGAGGCAGCGAAGAGCGACCCCUCCAUCGUCCUCCUCCUGCAGUGUGACAUGCAGAAAUAGAGCCCUGGGGGCUCGUCGCUGGACUGGCUGCAGCCAACCUCUGCUCCCUGUGUUGGUUUCCAUCCCUGUUUU